AUGACGAUGAGCGCACCGAGUCCCGGGCAGCGACUGCAGAAACAGCGGGAGACGCCGACUCGAGGCCUUCAGUCAAGGCCAUCACCUUCAGACCCACCGCCAACAGCUCCCGCCCAGCUCGGCGGCGGCGGCGGCGCGCGCGCUCCCGGACGUCCUCACGCGCGCGCGCCCCACCCCCGCGCGAUGCGCCGAGGGACUGGCAGCGACGACGGGGCGGGGCAGAGGCCGCCUGGGGGUGUUGGCCGCGAAGAGGCGGCUGCGGCUGAGAAGCGCCAGGAGGCGUCUGCGUUAAACAAUAAGCGAAUUUCAGAAGCCUGGGAAGUCCAAGAUCAAGGUGUCAGCAGAUUUGGUGUCUGCAGGACUUCUCAAACUUUCAUGUUUAUAUGAAUAACCCCAAUCACCAGGGGAUCUUGUUAAAAUGCAAAUUCUGAUUUG